AUGACUACUGUCUCUGAUGCGGUCGCAAAACAGAAGAAAGAGAACAUUCUGUUCUCGCCGGAGGCCAGAAUAUUGGAGGUUGCAGCUACAACCGAUACACUUACCAUAGGACUUAUUAAUCAAAGUUCUUCAAACACCGUCUAUGCAUAUAUUACUGGUCUUGCCAUUAACAACAACUAUGCUGUGGUGCUCCUUCAAGCUGACGGUUCGACCCUGUAUUAUCCUACAAAUCCAUCAUCUAAUGGAUCUGCCUUGAAAGAAGACUGCGCCAUUUCGCUAGGAGCUCCUGGCUCUACUACAACAGUCACUAUUCCAUACAUUGCAGGCGGUCGGAUUUGGUUCUCCGUUGGGAGUACUUUGACAUUUCUGCUCAAUUCCGGAAUUGUGGGGCCUGGAUUGGUUGAACCUUCAGUCAGCAACACCUCUGAUCCCAACUACUUGAAGAACUGGGAUUUUUGUGAAUUUACAUACAAUAGCGACGAGGUUUUUGCAAAUAUUACCUAUGUGGACUUUGUGUGCCUUCCCAUCUCUUUGACACUGAACAGUACAAGCGGUGCAGUGAAACAUGUUGGAGGUUUGCCUUCAAAUGGAUUGGCUACAGUCUGCAAUGGUCUAAUAACACAAAAUGCGAUUGACGGCGCCGGCUGGGACCAACUCAUUAUUAGGAACGAUGGUAUAAACUUGAGAGCCCUCAACCCAACUCAGGGCAUGGUCUUUAAUCCAGCACUUUUCCAAAACUAUUGGACUAGCUACGUCAAUGCUGUUUGGGCUAAAUAUGUCAGCACUCCCCUAACUGUCAAUACUCAAGCAUCAUGGGGAGAUGUCCUUGGCUUGACAUCCAGCCUCGCUUCCUUGUCGUUCAGUAGCAUCGGCUCCUUCACAAAACCAUCGGCCGCCGAUAUAUUUAGCGGCGCGUCAGGGGCUUUUGCAGCCCAGCCUGUCAACACCGAUCAGCUUUUGAAUAUUGGCGCACGUCUCGACGCUGCACUCAAUCGUUCAACUCUUUUGAUCGACUCCUUCCAGCCGAACAAUGAAGUGGUUUCAACAUACUACAAAAACGCAAUUACAAACCACUAUGCAAGAAUUGUCCACGCUGCAAACGUCGAUGGUCUCGGUUACUGA